AUGGCAACCGCACCAGAGUCCUCACUGGAGGAAAUCCUAUGGCGAUCCCCGCCGCACGUGCAGAUGAUGGGAGGCUAUCUCCAUUCGAAUAACAUCCUCUUCUACUUUGCCGAAUCCCCCUUCUUCGAUCCCACAUCCAACAAUGCCUCCCUCGCGAUCCAAGCCAACUACAACGAAGCCUUCCGGCAAUUCAUCGAGACCCGCGAAGCCUUCGAAGGCCGGCUCGCCACCAUGCAGGGCCUGGAAUUCAUCGUCUCGUACGAUCCACUCCAGGCCGCCGCGCAACCGGACGGGCGAUUCGCACACGAGCCCUCCAACAUCUGGGUGAUCCGGAAGCAGACGCGGCGCAAGCGAGCCGGCCAAGACGACGAGGUGGAGGUCCUCUCCACCUACUUUGUCGUCGGCGAUUGCAUCUACAUGGCACCAUCAGUGGCAAGUGUCAUUGGGAACCGAAUCCUUUCGGCCGUGACCUCGCUCACCAGCCUCCUCAAAACAGCAUCCACCCUACCCACCUUCACGCCGUCACACGGACACACCUAUCUCCCGCCAUCAGCCAAACAACCCGACUCAGCCGCUCAAGCAGCCGGCACCGCCGCAGCGCAGCAGAGCAAAGAGAACACGCCGAUGCCUGACGCGCCAACGAAGGCGCCUCUUGUCGGAUCGCAGGUGGCGCAGACAGGCGGCUCCGUAUACCAGGAUACCCGAACGCUGGCAGAGUCGUUCAGUCUGCUGACGCGGUACGGGGAUGAGUUCAUGGAUGAGAACCCGCUGGUCGGCGAGCCGGGGUCGUUCCUCAUGUCCAAGGCCGGAGAUGCGGCGGCGGGCGGGAUGAGUAGACAGGGGCCGAAUGCCGGCGGUGGUGCAACGGCUGCAAGAGUAGCCACGCCGCAAGUCAGGGUGGAUACACCAGGGAGGGGCUCGGAGAAGGGAGCUGCGACGCCGUCUGCCGGGCUGGAGGAUAGUAAAUCAAGGAAGAAGAAGGUAAAGGUGGGCGCCUAA